AUGUCAGGCGCGGUCAGCAUCGGGCUGGACCUGGGCGCAGGCAAGUGCUGUGUUGCCAGCGUGCGCGCUGGAGCGGUGACGGUGUUGCCAAACGCUCACGGCGAUAAGACCACUCCGAGUUUUGUUGCCUUCACCGACUCCCGCAGCCUCGUGGGCAGCGAUGUUAGGGACCAGGCGGCGCUCAGCCCAGAGAACACUUUUUAUGGCGUCAAGACCGUCAUCGGCAGGAGCUGCAAGAAGAUCCAGAAAAAUGAAUUGGCAUACAUAACUGGAAAUGAGGUUCGGACUGGCGAAAUAUUUAUGAUGAAUCUCCUUCCCGAAUUUUUAAUAACCGAGAAAGGCUCAGCCGCCUUCAAAAUCGAGUACAGGAAUAAGGAGUUGAUGUUACAUGCGGAAGAAAUAACUGCCUUACUUAUCGCCAAGAUGAAAUCUGUGGCAGAAGACGAUAUAGGAAGUCCGGUCACAAACGCCGUCAUUACCGUCCCCGUAAAUUUCAGCAACGCGCAGCGACAAGCCACUCUCGAUGCGGCCCGCAUCGCCGGCCUUAAGAAUGUCACGCUGAUCAACUCGACCACCGCCGCUGCAAUCGCUUACUGGGACCAGCACCCCAGGGAAAAAGAUUGCGUUGCUGUCGUCGAUUUCGGUGCUAGUUCACUCAGCUUUGCCAUACUUUCCAUUGAUAACGGGACUGUUAAAGUUCUAGAAGCUUAUGGAGGAUUAGCGGUAAGUGGAAACCGUAUCGACUUCUGCAUGAUGCGAGCCAUUGUCACAAAAUUUCAAGAAAAACACGGAAAAAGUUUCGAAGAGUCCCCUGGAGCCUUGGUGAGGUUGAGAACCGCCAUGGAGAAGUUGAAGUUCAAUCUGACGCUUCUUACCUCUUACGUAUUGCAAGUGGACUCAUUAUCUCACGGCAUCGACUUCACAACUACGUUUUCCCGGCAAGAAAUGGAAGAGUCUUGCCAGAGCCAGUUUGAAAUCCUCGGAAAUGCGUUGCGUCGAUGGGCAAAAUUAAAAAAUUGGGUGAAAGUUCGAACAAUUGUGUUGGUGGGAGGCUCAACGCGUAUUCCUACUGUAGAAAGUCUCAUUGCCAAAACAUUAAGAAAACCUCUGGAUCACUCGCUCAAUAAAGACGAGGCUGUUGCCUGUGGCGCUGCCCUCCGAGCUGCCGAGUUGUGCUGCUCAACGCCACGCGAGGUGCAGGAGGUGUUGUCCAGACGUGUCUGGUUCGAGGCGGAUGCGGAAAAUUUUGAUCUGGCUUGA